AGACUCCAAGGCAAGCCAGAACGGGGUAAAAUGAAACUCAUCUCCGAACACCACCUUUCCGUACGAUGAUCACAUUCAACAGUAUUUUUGGGUUGUUUUUGAAACUGCUCUUCCGAUUUUGAAUAGCCUCAGUGUGUAAUCCAUAGUUAUAAUUAUGGAAAAAGCGCUUAACGUGUCGCAUUCAGGGAGCAGUAAAGGAAAGUGGGGGAAUCCCGCACAGAGACAAGUAAGAAGCGGCUCGUACAGUCCUGGAUCAGGGGCCGUGUCGGACACAUCUCAUCCCUCACAGACUCAGAAGAGACACUUGGAGGGGAUUUUGAACAAAUACACCAAUUUACUACAAGGCUGGCAGAGCAGGUACUUUGUGCUGGACCCUGAGCUUGGCCAGCUGCAGUAUUUCAUCAAUGAGCAUAGUAAGAACCAGAAGCCGAGAGGCUCCCUGCCCCUCAUCGGCUCCUCAGUGGCCCCAAGUGACGAGUUUCCUUUCAUGUUCUCAGUCUUUGCUGCAAAUGGAGAUCUCUUCAAACUGCGAGCUAAUAAUGCCAGCGAACAGCAGAUGUGGAUGACCCAACUUCAGCUGUGUGCCCGCCGCCACUCAGACAGCAGUGCCAAGGGCUGCACCUCCUCUUCCUCCUGCAACACCUCCUCCACCUCCCCCUUUGCCGGCCGGACCCGCAGCUUCUCCCAGCACCUGCACCCUGUCUUGCAGUCCUCAAACUCCUCAGCCCAGAGACAGACCCCCCAGCAUGGGACACCUGCCUCUGUCAUCACCAUCACCCACCACAGGUCCCCCACUGCCAGUCAAAGGGCCUGCAGUCAGCACCAUGCAGGACUGCACCAGGUCAAAGAGGUCAUGUCCCAGGCAGAGGGCCAACAGAAGAACCUGGUAAAUUCCAUCGAGUCCCUGCCGACCCAUGGGCCAUUGUCCUCCCUGGAUCAGGAUCUGCUCCUGCUCAAGGCUACGUCUGCAGCCACACUCAGCUGUCUGGGAGAGUGCCUGAGUAUCCUUCAGCACAACGUGUGCCAGGCAGCCCAACACAUCACCCAUAGCCACACUCAGGGACCCAAUUCAGAUAAUAUCUCUGGCUGGUCAAUGCCCAAGACUCCCUCAGAAGACCAAGUGAAGAAUGGAGAAUUGACAGGCCACAACACCUCUGUUAGACAUCAACCCAAUUCGCCAGCACACAGGAACGAAGAACGUCUUAAAGACUCUGAGAACUCCAGCCCAGAAUCAGUAGAUCACAGCGAGGAGAUCACAGACACAGAAGACAAUGAAGAGGAAGACUUGGGAGUUUUGGAUGACCAGAGGAGCGUCAUUCUUCAUCUGCUUUCUCAGCUCAAACUGGGGAUGGACCUUACACGGGUGGUGCUGCCUACAUUUAUCUUAGAGAAGCGUUCCCUUUUGGAAAUGUAUGCCAAUUUUAUGGCCCACCCGGAUGUGUUCUUGGCCAUCACAUCUGGAUCCACGCCUGAGGAACGUAUCAUCCGGUUUGUGGAAUACUACCUGACUGCUUUUCACGAGGGCCGUAAGGGUGCUGUGGCCAAAAAGCCUUACAACCCCAUUAUAGGGGAGAACUUCCACUGCACAUGGGACAUAGCCCGAGAUAAAGUGCGACCUCUCAGGACUACAAGCUCAAGCCCAGCUCCUUCGGCCGCCCCGUCUGUCCAAACUGCUUCCAAUGAUGGGGUAGGAGCUUACCGGUUACGUUUUGUGGCUGAACAAGUGUCCCACCACCCUCCAGUCUCUGGAUUCUACUGUGAGUGCAAGGAGCGUAGGACAUGCGUCAACGCCCAUGUCUGGACUAAAAGCAAGUUCAUGGGCAUGUCCAUAGGAGUGUCAAUGGUUGGAGAAGGAGUGUUACACCUCUUGGAGCAUGAUGAGAAGUAUGUGUUCACGCUGCCUUCUGCCUACGCCCGCUCCAUCCUCACAGUACCCUGGGUGGAGUUGGGUGGAAAAGUUUCCAUCUGCUGCGCCAAAAGUGGAUACUCUGCUGCUGUCACAUUCCAUACCAAACCCUUCUAUGGAGGUAAAGUUCACAGAGUCACAGCUGAGGUAAAACACAAUCCCACCGGUACCAUUGUGUGUAAGGCUCAGGGGGAGUGGAAUGGGUCCCUGGAGUUCACCUACAGCAGCGGAGAAACCAAAGUGAUUGACACAUCCAAACUGCCUGUCAUUAGGAAAAAGAUCCGCCCACUCGGGAAGCAGAGCCAGUUUGAGUCAAGGCGGCUGUGGCAGCAUGUGACAACGGCUCUGAAGACAGGGGACAUUGAUACGGCCACAGAACACAAACGCCAGCUGGAGGAGAGACAGAGGAGGGAAGGGAAGCAGAGAGCAGCCAGUGGCACCCCCUGGAAACCCAAAUACUUCAUCAAAGAGGGGGAAGGAUGGGUGUACCACAAUCCUCUAUGGAAGACAAAGUGACAAGGACACCUGGAGCCACAUGAUAUCACUCCAUCACAGACCCCAAAGGUGUCUUCUUACAGAAAGUGAAUGGUGCCAAAAACCAAGUCAAACAAAUGGACACAAGGGUGUGGAGACCUGAUAUUACAUUGUGUGACCUUGUGCAAUAUCUUUAUAUUUGUAUAUUACUUCUAGUAAUCAGUACUAAGUAGUGAUUAUACAUACAAGAGAGAUUUAGUAUCUAUAUCACUGAUAGCUGUUAUAUUUGAUAAUGUUAAAUAGAGGCAGAUGCAGAGGCAGAUGUUGAUGCUGGUGGUAUAUGUAUGUUGUACAGUAUAUUUAUGUAAAAGUGACCUCGCCCCUCAUUUGGUAACGAUUUGACUUGAAUGGCUGAAUACAUUUCAGUUGACUAAGUUAUCUGCAUUACUGUAUUGUACUUUCACUCUGGUGAUUUCUGAAGGCUUUGAAGUAAACUGUGCUUUAUAUAAAAAAAGUGUAAAUGGAUAUUUCAAAAAAUUGUUCACGCAAAAAUUACAAUUCUCUAAACAUUUACUCGCCCUCAUGCCAUCCCAGAUGCGUAUGACUUCUGUUGAACACAAAGAUUUUUAGAAGAAUAUUUCAGCUCUGUAAGUCCUUACAAUGCAAGUAAAUUGGUACCAAAAUUUCAAACCUCUGAAAAGCACGUGAAGGCAGCAUAAAAGUAAUCCAUAAGACUCCAGUGGUUAAAUCCAUCUGAACUCAACCCAUAUCUUCAGAAACUAUAUAAGUGUGUGAGAAACAAAUCAAUAUUUCAGGUCCCUUUUUACAAUCAAUCAUCACUUUUGCUUUUAUAUUCUUCACUUGUUUUUGAUGAUUUGCAUUCUUUGUGCAUAUCACCACCUAUGGAGCAGCAAAGAGAAUUUAUGAUAAAAAAAAAAAGGACUUAAAUACUGAUCUGUUUCUCACCCACACCUAUCAUAUCGCUUCAGAAGGCAUGGAUUUAACCAUUUAUGUUGCCUUUCUGCUUUUUAGAGCUUAAAAUAGGUACCCAUUUACUUGCAUAGUGAGGACCUACAGAGCUCAAAUAUACUUCUGCAAAUGUGUGUUCAGCAGAAGGAUGGCAUGAGGGUGAGUAAAUGUGAGAAAUUGAAUUUUUGGGUGAACUAUACUUUUAAAAGAACAGAUUUUAAAAUCAUGCACAGAUUCAUCUUUACCCAUUAAUUAGGAAGAUUAAGCAUGCAUUACAUUUGCUUAUUUAAAUUUUCAUUAAACCUAGGUCGAUUUCUAAACAUGUUCACAGAUAUGAAGAUAUGGCCUUUUCACAGGUUUAUUAUUAUAAAUUUUUUUUUUACAGGGCCUAAUUAACUUUUGAAAAUGAAUUACUUAAAUUGACAUGGAUUAAACCUUUUUUAUUUCUUGGUAGAUUGUAUGCCCCAGCAACAUUUGUUAUGCUAUAUUUAUUUCUGCAGUUACAGUAUUACUCCGAUCAUAUUGGGCAACAAAUAAUUUUUGAAAGAAAAACUCCUUUACAUGACUUGCUCUGCAAGAGUUUGAAUGUAUGCAAGAUGCACAGACAGUUUCCAUUAGCAAAGGUCUUAUAAAAGUGAUGUAAAACCACAGAGAUGGUGUUACCAAACACACGAUGUACAUGUUAAAAUAAAGACACCUCUGCAAAAGACAAGUGAUCACAUAUUGUAUCUGUAAAUAAGCUAAAGUUAAAAGCUUCUUAUGCUGUAAUAAGCAUUGACUUGCAUUCACCUGUUGUCUAUGAUUACUACAUGGGUGGUUGAAAAUCAUUUAAUAUAUCUAGAUUGCUGGAGCGGAAUUCGAAAUGAGGUACCAUUAAUAUAUUAGUACAAUCACUUAAGUACAUACUCAAUGGAUACUCACAUUUUUUUAUUACCAUUUUCACUAUAGAUUUGAACUCAUCUCAUUGAAAAAUUUAGCUUUCCAGAUCCCAAUACAAAGCAAAUCUACAAUAAUUUAUAGUCACUUUCAAAAACUAAAAUAUUUAACUUCCAUGUGUUUUCCAGGCCUGGAAAUCAGAGUUACUCACUGAUAUUUUUAGCUUUUCCAUGACCAUAGAAACCCUGUGCCUUUAGGUGGGGAGAAUUAAAAUGUAAAAAAUAGAAAAACUGGGAACUGAUUCAGGUGUGAAUUGGCUUUUAUACACAUUCUUUUCUAAGAAUUAACAAAGUUAAUGUUACUUAUGCUACAUAAAAG